AUCCUCCCUCAGAUUUGGACCCUCGCUUGUCGGAAAAUUCAAAACCAACAUUCCUCCCUCUCGACUCGCGCUCACUACUUUACCAUUUACUUCACCCUCACGCAGUCCCUCUCCUCACCUCUGUGACCAGAUCUAUUUCAUAUCUGUUCACUCAAGUAUUCUUCAUUUUAUUCUUCUUCACUACUUUCUCACUUUAUUGUUUGCAGUGUGCAACAGCGCACCUGCUGUACGCACCUUCCUGUCUGUGUAACGAGACAAGAAGAGAAAACAGAAGAAGAAGCCGGAAAAAACCUGCACCAAAUCUUACCACCCGAUCGUCGAAUUUCCCCCUCCAAAAAAAAAAAAGUCAACAUGUCUUCCCCAGAGGCCCGUGCUGGCGUCAAGCGACCUCGCACCCAGUCGCUUCCCCCUCCGGCUCUCCCUCAGCUGGUCGCUGAGCAGCACACCGCAAUCCCUCCUACCGACAAGGAUUCUCAGCGCCUCAUUGUCGUUCUCUCCAACGCCAGUCUCGAGACCUACAAGGCUUCACAUGGCGGCACCGGCCGCAACGGCGUCCAACGUGAGGAGAAGUACUCGCUACUCAACAGCGAUGAGCAUAUUGGAGUUAUGCGCAAGAUGAACCGCGACAUUAGUGACGCGCGCCCGGAUAUCACACAUCAGUGCCUCCUGACCCUGCUCGACUCCCCCAUCAACAAGGCCGGCAAGCUUCAGAUCUACAUUCAUACCGCCAAGGGUGUCUUGAUCGAGGUCUCGCCGUCUGUUCGCAUCCCGCGUACAUUCAAGCGCUUUGCCGGUCUGAUGGUUCAGCUGCUGCAUCGCCUGUCCAUCCGCUCAACCAACUCGCAGGAGAAGCUGCUUCGUGUAAUCCAGAAUCCCAUCACCGAUCACCUUCCGCCCAACUGCCGCAAGGUGACGCUCAGUUUCGAGGCCCCUCUGGUACACGUCAGGGACUACAUCGACACGCUCGCCCCCAAGGAGAGUGUUUGCGUCUUCGUUGGUGCCAUGGCAAAGGGUGCCGAUACCUUUGCUGAUGGCCUCGUCGACGAGAAGAUCUCCAUUAGCAACUACAGCUUGUCCGCCAGUGUUGCUUGCAGCAAGUUUUGCCAUGCUGCUGAGGAUUCCUGGGACAUUCAGUAGUCGAAACCCGGCAUCUACUCAGUCGUUUGUGUUGCGGGGACACGAACCCAGGCAGCAGCGACGGCGAAUCAGAGCGGCAAUGUAAGUGGUGGCCCCCAGGCGCCUGGAGGUGCGAAAUGCGCUCCAGAGCGACAAAUUGAAAGUCGAGGGGUUGCGCUUACGGAACCACGAUACAACAUCAUGGUGUCAACGCGCGACCUCGGAAACUUGGGUUACCUGUGCCAUCGCUGUCGCUGUUUUUGCAACCAAAACCGGGGCGCGUUCGACAACGGGUCCAAGGCGCUUUCUUCGCCUUGACAGUUCAACUUCAACCUAGGUUGUGGUUUCUUUUUGUUUGCCCGUUAUUCAGAAUCUAUAGGGGUGGCGGCCUUGGCUAUUGUUAGAGUAGUAUCUUCGUGCUUUCGGCAAGUGCCGGGACAAAUGGGCCACCCUUUGGUUUUCACAUGAAAAAAGGUCGAUUGCGACCAAACGCUCAGCGGUGUCGCUGGGGAGCAUACAAAAAAAAAAGGAAAAUAAGGACGACGUUUCAAGGACUAAUGGUGUAUAGCUGGAUACUAUCGGCUACGCGGAUAGGUGUUGCAAGGCUUCGUACUUGGAGGCCAUUUAGAAAGACAAUGUAUCUACCGUGUUUGACGGGUUAAUAAACCAAGAUGCAAUGUACUAUGAAUCUGAGGCAAAUGCUUGUGUGCCUCUGAAUGUGCAGCGGUACGAUGCCGCAUGUCUCUGUCUAGCUUUCUUAGCUAGGUUUUGAAGGCAUCCUAGACGAAAAGGAAAGACGAAAGAGAGUCGCAUAGACUCAUGGGUUGCCAAGAAGGUGCUGGACUGAUGAGCAUAGAUAGGUGCGGUUGAAUGAAAGAUGAAGAAACCGUGUCGGGCAACCGUUGAGGUUGUGAUUUAGCAUGUCAUUGAUGCCUGAGUGGACUACGGCAUGGAAGGUAAGAUGCAGUGUUUGUUGGUCACCUCAGUCUGCUCGGGGACGAAGAGGGACGCGACAAUAGUGAGGCUCGUUCGCCUUACCAUGCGUGGAACUGCCCCGCGUGUGCAUGUGAGGGAGUCAGACUCGGCUGGUGUGUACACCGCAUUACCACUUGACCGUUUGAAUGUGAUAGAAUCGACG